AUAACAACAAAAUUUGAAAUGGCGCUCCUUGACGCGGCGAUUUUCUGGCGUCGCCUCUCGCAGCUGCAUCGUUCGUUCAUGUGCGAUCAAAAGUGGCAAACUGAUGCACUUUCCAUUCCACUGGAAGUAACCUCAGAGGAGCCGAGCUUUAACAAGUGUUCUGCUUUUUUUAUUCAUCUGUUCGGCCGCGAGCUCCCCGGUUCACUCGCUGUGUUGUGUGACGGAGCCCUACAUAUUGUCACCUCGGCCAAGAAGUGUGUGAUGUUGGAAGGUCUUCUAAAAGAACGUCCAACACAGGAAGUGGCGCUGAUUAUUCACAGGGCCUCAAAACAUGACAGUAGUGCGUCGGUAUACCAUGUUCUAAUAAACAAGAUCAAGCAAAGCCGCGGUGGUGUAAAACUUGGAUGUCUUUUGAAAAUGAAAUUUCGUGGUGUUGUCGCAAAUACUUGGAAUGCAGCCGUACAGUCCGCAAUUUUUCUGUGCCGAAUUGGAACAAGUUGACAUCACGGCGGCGCUUGGCCUUUUCAUGAGUACAAAAGACGAGGACGCCUCAUCGAGCUUGCGCAAGGCGGCAGCAAUAACACAUAAAGUACUAAAACAUGGCGUAGUACGAUUGGUGGAAGACUCAUUCGACCAAGCAAAACCAAUCACCCACGAGGAACUCGCCACCAAGGCGGAAGAAUUCUGCGAAGACCCGUCAAAGAUCAAGCUGAAUGUGCCUCCUGGGCAGCUAGAGUCAUGUUACUUUCCUAUUAUUCAAAGCGGCGGUGACUAUGAUCUUCGGCCAACAGCCACCACAAAUGAUAAAUCACUCUCCGAUGAUAUCGUCAUCAUUUCACUUGGUGCUCGCUACAAGGCAGCGAAUGGGGGGCGUUGCCGAGGCUGCUUCGAAAUUCCUCUCACAGAAGUAUCCACAUAUGCUUGACUAUUUGCCAAAGACUCUUGGUUUUGGGUUGGGUCUGGACUUCCAUGAAGCCACGUUACUUCUGAAUUCUAAGAAUGACCUCAGCUUCUCACCCAACAUGGUGUUCAACCUGGCAAUUGGUUUGCAUGAUGUACCGUUGGAACCAAACGAUAAGCUCGAUGCCAUGGGAUCAGUGAGUAAGCUAGCAGAAUAUUCAAUGCUUGUUGCUGAUACUGUGAUUAUUCGGGCUGAUGGUGAACCACCAGAACUCUUGACGAAACAUUCGGUGGAAUGGCGUGAUGUUUCAUAUUUCAUCAACGAAAAUAGUGAAGAAAACAUCGUCAAAAAUCAAAAUGAAGACGUGAUGACUGGCAACCUGGUGUUGCCCUCCAAGCCCGCGGGAAGUCACAGCGCAGUACUCAGCAGCCGUCUAAGAGAGCGUGCGAAAGCAACAGACGAUGCCGCAAGAAACAGUAACCGUGAAGAAAAGCAAGCUGCGCUCAUGCGACAUAAACUAGCCUCAAGGCGCAUCGCAGAUUCGAAUUCACAUAAGCAAUAUGAGGUCAGCUCAUCGAACAUUGACACUUCUGAAGUUGAGGCAUACUCCUCUACGAGGGGAUACCCGAGUGACUUACUUCCUAGCGAGGUUCACGUUGAUAUGGAGGGUCAGGUUGUCUUUGUGCCUAUCCAUGGCUCACCAGUCCCUUUUCAUAUCAGCAUGAUCAAGAAUGCUGUGCAACCUGAUCCAGAUCGUGCUUCUGCGUACCUUCGUCUGAACUUCUUCACACCAGGGCAGUCCCUUGGGUUAAAAUGCGGGAUCAGCGUAUCCCGCGCAUGGCAGACCUCACGAUGCGACCAUUUAUAAGUGGUAAAAAAACGGUGGGGACACUUGAGGCUCACUCUAAUGGUCUUCGAUUUAUCUCAAAGAAGCACGAAAUCAUUGACCUCAUGUACGCAAACGUCAAGCACAGUCUGUUCCAGCCAUGUGAAAACGAGGUAAUGGUCUUAAUACACUUUCAUCUCAAGAAUCCUGUCAUGGUUGGGAAGAAAAAGACUCAUGAUGUUCAGUUCUCUACAGAGGUUGUUGAUGCCUCUGUGGCCCUCGACAGCGCUCGGCGGUCAAUGUAUGACCCUGACGAACUCGACGAAGAGCAACGUGAACGCCAUUUGCGAAAAAAACUCAAUGAAAUGUUCAAGGAAUUCUGCAAGAAGAUGGAACGUGUCGCUAAGCAGCACCAUUAUGAUCUCGAGUUCGACAUUCCAUACCGUGACCUUAGUUUUCACGGUGUUCCAAAUCGAGAGAUGGUUCUGAUACAACCUACGGUCCAUUGCCUCGUAAAUCUGACUGAGACGCCAUUCUUCAUCGUGGAGCUUGAUCACGUUGAACACGUGCACUUCGAACGUUGCACACUACGCGCAACAAAUUUUGAUAUGGUCAUCAUACUCAAAAACUUUGAACUUGCACCACUAUCAGUAAACGCGGUGCCAGUACAAGAAUUAGAUGCCAUCCAAGAAUGGCUCACGGACUGUUCGCUUACAUAUACGGCGGGUCAAGCAAGCAUGUCGUGGAAAAGCGUGAUGAAUCUUGUUCGCAGCGACGAUCGAUUCUAUGAGGAGACUGACGAAAAUGGCGAACCAAAACCAGCCGGCUGGCAGUUUCUUCAGGCUGAUGAUGGGGAUGGUGAGGAAGGCGAUGAGGAAGACGAUGGGGAUGAAGACUACGAUGACGACGAUGAAGGGGAAGAGGAUGAUGAAGACGAGGACGAAGACGAUGAAGACGACGACGAUGAAGAAGAGGACGAAGACGAUGAAGAGGAAGACGAUGACGAGGAUGACGAUGCAAUGGACUGGGAUUCAAUGGAAGCACUUGCAGCCGAGGAGGAUCGCCAAAAAAGAAAUUGAGUCGCGGCGCUUUUCUUGGCGGUCGCAUUGGAAAUGUCGCUUGUACAAGUACGGUGUCUCUGGGAACCCUUGCGCCUUUUAAGUUGGCAUCGCUAACAAACACCGCCAAAAAAACGGCCCAGGGCGUCUCCGCCCCCGGGAAACUGAAUGGACUGAGUUCGUGCGGCAUUAUUUACGUGAGCCAUCACAACGGCGUGAUUUGCGCGUGAUGUACGCGCGAUUCACGCGGACGUUAUUCUCUAGAGAGGUGCCUCGCCCAGCCACCGUGUGCGCCGCGGCCGCACUAUGUCGCGACCGAGAGCGCGUCCGGCUGCUCCGGGUCUUAGUCAGGGUUGGGGGUAGAGGGUCACCAACUUGUUGGACGUUGAGGGAUUUCCACCUGCCUAGGAUCUACACUGUC